AUGACAAAAGGACAUCGGCGGAUCCCUCAAAAAGUAGAACAAAAAGUGGAACUGCUCCAGCUCGGCGCAAAAGUGGGACAGUCCGGCGCAAAAGUGGAGCUGCUACCGCCACAGACAGAUAGCAGCUCAGCGCAAAAGUGGGACUGUCCGGCGCAAAAGUGGAGCUGGCAAGCAGUUCGGCGCAAAAUGGGACCCGGCGCAAAAAGUGGAACUGCUCCAGCUCGGCGCAAAAGUGGGACAGUCCGGCGCAAAAGUGGAGCUGAAAAGCAGUUCGGCGCAAAAAGUGGAACUGCUCCAGCUCGGCGCAAAAGUGGGACUGUCCGGCGCAAAAGUGGAGCUGAAAAGCAGUUCGGCGCAAAAAGUGGAACUGCUCCAGCUCGGCGCAAAAGUGGGACAGUCCGGCGCAAAAGUGGAGCUGCUACCGCCACAGACAGAUAG